UCUUUCACUCAGCUUCACUCCAUCAUGACCAUAGCACCUCUCCUGCUACAACGUGUUGCCCUGGUGCUACUUGGGCAUGUGCAUGGAGCCACACUAAGAAAUGAAGACAAAUGGAAGCCACUAAAUAACCCCAGAAACAGAGACUUGUUUUUCAGAAGCCUUCAGGCACAUUUUAAGGGCAGAGGUCUUGAUCUUGGAACGUUUCCAAAUCCUUUCCCCAUGAAUGAGAGCCCCAGACCCCUCUCUUUCAGAUCAGAAUUUCUUGCUUGUGCAUUUGCAGAUUAUGAAGAGCAGAAAAACUCCUUUCACAGUUAUCUCAAAGGCUGA